CAAAAUAACACGUCUUACCCGCAUUUUUCAGUUUAACACACAUACGCGCAUAAGUUUACGCAAAUAAACGAGUAAAUUAACUCGCAUAGGUUUACCGUGAUUUGUUCCCAAUCGUAUUGAAUUCAGUAAAUGCACUUGCAUGCAAUUCGCCCUCAGCAGUUUUAGUUUGUAACACACAUGAUGCGUACGUGUUUGUUGGUUAGAAAUGAAAAUUUUAAUAAUUUAACAAAAAUCUUAAGUACAAAAAAAUAGAAUGUUUGUUCAGGCAGUAAACCGAAUAAAAAGUCGAUAGUAUCUGUGUUACGAACAUACACAAAUCAUGCCGCUUCACGAUGUGACACUGAUAAAGUGUUAUUAUCAAGAUUAUCAAAAUUGGACGAAAAAUUCCUCUGGUUGUAGCCGUAACGUUUCAAUCCUUAUCAGGAAUUCUAUGUGCCUUUGUGCCUUGGUAUGAACUAUUUCUGCCAUUAAAGUUAAUUUCAGCAAUAGCUACUGGUGGCACAAUGGUUGCAAGUUUCGUUAUACUGAUGGAAAUCUGUGGACCAAAGUGGCGACCUAUUUUAUCUGUGCUGUUUCAUUUACCUUUCAUAUUAGGACAUUUAAUGCUUCCUUUAAUUUCUUAUUUGACCCGAACGUGGUAUGGAUUUCAACUUGCGAUAUCAAUACCGUCCAUCUUUCUGAUAUCCUACUACUGGGUAAUUCCUGAAUCUCCGAGAUGGUUACUAGCGGUUGGAAAGAAUGCAGAAGCUACUGAGGUUUUAAGAAAAGCUGCUAAAAAAAAUGGUAUUUCUUUAGAUAAAGUAACUGCAACAAUAGAUAUCCAUGAAAAACAAAUCGUUCAGAAUCAGAGGCAAAAAAAGAAUAAAUAUAACAUGACACAUCUGUUUAGAACUCCUAAUAUGAGACUGAGAAGUAUCUGUGUCUGUGCUAACUGGUUUGUUUGCGGCAUGUGUUUCUUUGGUUUAGCUCAAUAUAUGGGACAGCUUGAUGGAAACAUAUUCGUUAAUGUGACAGCAUCAGCUGCUAUUGAAUUGCCAGGAACCAUACUCGUGUUGCUACUUAUCUCUCACGUCUCUCGAUUAAAAAUUCUAAUUGGAGGACAUUUAUUGUCUGGAAUUAGUUUAUUGCUAAUAACAAUCGUACCACAUGCAACUGCUAAAUUUUGUUUAGCAAAUCUCGGAAUUGUUGGAGUGACUAUGUCUUUUCCAACAGUUUACUUAUACAGUAGUGAAAUAUAUCCGACUGUUUUGAGGAAUAUUGGGGUUGGAUUAGGCAGUGUGUGCGCAAGACUAGGCAGCAUAAUUGCUCCAUAUAUUGCUACUAUGGGUACUGUCAGAAUAUGGUUACCGCCUUUGAUAUUUGGAUUUUUUUCGGUAGUCGUAGCAGGAAUGUGUUUUAUUUUGCCGGAAACUACGAAUUCAGAAUUACCAGAGACGAUUGAAGAUGGAGAAAACUUUGGGAAGGAAAAGUCAACGGAAUCUGCUUCAUGCGAUAUUAUUGGUGGGACAUCUUUGUAGUUAUUUGAAUAAAAAAGAUAUCUUAAAUAAUUUAAUGCAUAAUCUUCGAACUAUUUUAUUUUCAUAUUAAGAUUAAAAGGUACA